UCGGCGAGUCCUAGGCUCUGUGGUUUAACCCACAGCGCCACCCGCAUCCCUUUAGAUAUCUAUUAGGCCCAUAAAUGACCACAGAGCUUAUAUUCAGCACACAAAACAGUGACAAUUUCUUGCUGACAAAGGACCGCUGGACAUAUAAAGGGCCCUGUUACCUCCAGUAGCUUAGGGCCUCAUCAAACCUAAAUCCGGCCCUGGCUCCAUCCAACCUUGAGAAUUUGCCUGCCUGGUGGGAUAAGGAGUGGAAUAGAGAGAGGGGGCGUUGUAGCAUCCAAAAUGGGGGGGAGAGGGAGCGACCAUUGGCCCCGUUCAGCUCUGUGUUGUCUUCACUACCCUCCAACCCUUUUUUUUUGGUGGGUUGGUUGAUGGGUACAUUUGGUGAUCUAAGAAACUUCUUGGCACAACCUGUUCAUGGGAAAGGGAGGAUCCUGCUCUGCAAUGGAGUGUAUCAGUGCCUAUCUAUCAAAGCGGCUGCCCACCCCACCCAGGGGUCAACCCCCCCAAUUGUUUGUCUAUUCAGAUGCUGAAGCCCCUGGCGGAGAAGCGUCGCCGCGACCGCAUCAAUCGGAGCCUGGAGGAGCUGCGCCUGCUGCUCCUGCAGAGGACCCACAGCCAGACUCUGAAGAACCCCAAGGUGGAGAAAGCGGAGAUCUUGGAGAUUGCUGUAGGAUACCUGCGGGAGAUGAACGCAGCUAAACCCCAGGGAGCCGACCCCUCGGAAGACGGGACCCUCCAGACCUGCUACAUGAUGGGCUGGGAGUGUCUCCUGGGCCUGGCCGCCUUCAUCCAGCAAACCCACCCGUCCGUCCAAAGCCACCUGCUGGACACUUUGCACCUCUACCUAGCCUCCAAGCCGGAGCCCCAGAGCCAAGACUGGACCCUCGCCGUCUUCUCUCCUAGCCCUUCGCUGGAGGAAUCGCCUCCCCGGACGCCCGAGGGCUUCUGCUCACCCGUCAAGGCGCUGAGCGAACCUUUGCGGAGCCCAGACCCCGCUUGCUCCAGCGCGGGCCAACAGAGACACAGCCGAGACGCCCCUCAGCCAAGAGGAUCCUGGCGCCUCCGUCGGCUUUCUGGAGGCCUUGGCCCUAGAGCACAAACACUCCUGCCCCCCACCCCCCUGCCCCAAACAUUUAUGUAUGUAAAUAUAUAUAUAUAUAUAUUAUCUAAUAAAACCUUUGUGAUGGGAUCACACUGCCGGGUGACUUCACGAGGGGAUGGAGACGUCACCUUACUGCCUCAAAUGUAGCGCUCUCCUCUGAGAAAGGGAGAUGGUUUCUUAGGGACUAGUAGCUUGGGCCUUCACCUAGCCACUCUGCUAGCAUUUACACAUCUAGAAAUGAGGUUUCAUAGUUGGAAGGGACCCAGAGGGUCAUUUUUGUGUGUGUGGUUUUUUUUUUGUUUUUACCCUCAACCAGCGGUUUGCAAAUUGGGACUCCCAAGAGGACUUUGCAGGUAAGUGAAGAGUGGUCUGAGGGCUGCAACCUUUCCUGGCACUGAGAUGCUCUGCGGUGGGUGGGGGAAAAGUUAGGACUCCCAUCAGAUUUCUCCCAGCUCUGGAGCUGAGCUGCUGAAGCGGAAGAGCCUGUUUAAGGAAAGUCUUUUGCAAGUUGCAACCUGACGGGUAAGACCCAAAAGGAGCCGAUCGGCUGCUUUGCUCAAUUCUCAGUAUCCUGGUCUUGCACAGGUAAGACAUUGUUGUCUUGCGUAGGUAAGAUGUCUUGUGGCAAAUGAUCGUGGCCCAAGCAGGGUGCUUGUACAGAAUGAAUGGGAAACUCGGGGUCUUCCAGGACCCCCCAAUUCCCAUCACCCCCAAGACCACAUGCCCCACUACCUAGGACUCGUGACACAGGUUUUUCAGCCCUGUUUGCACCCUGUUAGGGUCUGUGGAGUGGAAGGGACUGUCUCUUAAUGUAAUAAGCCAGAAAUCUGAUUUUCACGUACCUGCAUAAACACCCCGUCUCCUGUAGAAUUUUAAUAUUUUUUUGCUUUUGGAUGUGUGUGUGAGUGGCUGAGUGUGCGCUUGGAUUACCAAGCCUGUGUCAUUUGCAAACGUUUCAUGACAUGCCUGUUUGAAAUCAAAACAAGUAAUUUCCCCCCAUUUAGGAUCGUUUUAAAAAAAUAUCUUUAAUUUCUUUUUUUUUCUUUUUCUCCAAACUUUCAGGUAUUAUUAUUAUAAAUAAUAUUUCCCCCCCCUCAGUUAUGGCUUGUAUUGGGGUGUUUUUGGUUGCUUGUUUAAAUAGUUCCUUGUGUUGAAAUCUAUAUGCACCAUGUAAUAAAAAUGUAUUUCUUUUAAAAA